GUAAUGCUUGCUCUGACUGUAUCGGCAGCCACACUGCUCGCACGGUCUUUUCAAAGGAGCGGACUAAACGAAAACCUCCGAGUUGCCUCGACUCACGUUCCCCAAAACUCCGCCCUCGCAUUUAUGUCAAGAAACAUUUAACUCGAGUCGUCGUCACAGCUCCAAAAAACACCGGGGAAUAUAGACAAUUCAAGUGAAGCGGCGACCGCCACGUAGGCUACAGUGUGGGGAAAAGGAGUUUACCUGUGUUGUUGUAAAACAUGUUAGACCCGUCCUCCAGCGAAGACUCGGGUGGAGAAAUUGACGAGGACACUGAAGUUCCAAAAGACUCCACAAAAAAGCCUUCGACUUCCUCGGGGCAAGGUGGUAAACAUAAACGACCACCUGCGGACCAACCACAAGCCGAAAGUCCUUCUGCCGGAGACGAGCAGAAAAAUGAGAAAGAAAGACUUCAGAAAGAGGAAGCUGAGCGGAAAAGUAAACUACAGAUUUAUGUAUUUGUGUUGCGAUGUAUAGCAUACCCUUUCAAUGCCAAACAACCCACGGAUAUGGCACGCAGGCAACAGAAGCUUAAUAAGCAGCAGCUGCAGGCGGUGAAGGAUCACUUCCUGGCCUUCCUGAACGGGGAGACACAGAUCGUGGCGGACGAGGCCUUCUGCAAUGCUGUGCGCAGCUACUACGAGGGUUUUCUGAACAGUGAGCGGGUAUCCAGGAUGGUGCAGAGUGGCGGCUGCUCAGCCUGCGACUUCCGUGACGUCUUCAAGAAGAACAUUGAGCGCCGGGUGCGCAGCUUGCCCGAGAUCGACGGCCUGAGCAAAGAGACAGUGCUGAGCUCCUGGAUCGCCAAGUACGACGCCAUCUACAGGGGGGAUGAGGACCUACGACGCCAGCCCCAGAGGAUGCACCUCAGUGCCGUGUCCGAGUUGAUACUCAGUAAGGAGCAGCUGUACGAGAUGUUCCAGCUGAUUCUGGGCAUCAAGAAGUUUGAGCACCAGCUGCUGUACAACGCCUGUCAGCUGGACAAUGUGGACGAGCAGGCAGCCCAGAUCCGCCGGGAGCUGGAUGGACGACAACAGCUGGCAGAGAGGGUAGCCAAGGAGAGAAAGUACCCCAAGUUUGUGUCCAAAGACAUGGAGGCCAUGUACAUCGAGGAGCUGCGCUCGUCUGUCAACCUGCUCAUGGCCAACCUGGAGAGCCUACCUGUGGCUAAGGGAGGUCCCGACUUCAAACAGAAGCUCAAACGCUCCACCAUGAACAACUCCUUCCUGGACAUGGGCGAGGAGACCGAAUUCCUCUCCAAGUCUGAUGUAGUCCUCUCCUUCACACUGGAGAUAGUGAUAGUGGAAGUGCAGGGCCUGAAGUCUGUGGCUCCUAACAGGAUUGUGUACUGCACCAUGGAGGUGGAGGGGGGGGAGAAACUGCAGACAGACCAGGCGGAAGCCUCCAGACCACAGUGGGGCACUCAGGGGGACUUCAUGACGACGCACCCGUUACCAAUGGUCAAAGUCAAGCUGUUCACAGAGAGCACAGGGGUACUAGCUCUGGAAGACAAGGAGCUGGGACGGGUGAUCCUGAACCCCACCACCAACGGACCCAAGCAGGCUGAGCUUCACAAGAUGGUGGUGUCAAAGAGCAGUCAGGACUCAGAGCUGAAGAUCAAACUAGCCGUCCGCAUGGACAAACCCCCCAACAUGAAGCACAGCGGGUACCUUUAUGCUUUGGGACAGAGAGUUUGGAAACGUUGGAAAAGAAGAUAUUUGGUUCUUGUCCAGGUCAGCCAAUACACCUUUGCAAUGUGCAGCUACAGAGAGAAGAAGUCUGAGCCCCAUGAACUGAUGCAGCUAGAAGGCUACACUGUGGACUACUCCGACCCCCAGCCUGGUCUCCAGGGCGGUCGAGUCUUCUUUAGUGCUGUCAAGGAGGGUGACCUGGUUGUGUUUGCCAGUGAUGACGAGCAGGACCGGAUGCUGUGGGUUCAGGCCAUAUACCGCGCCACGGGCCAGUCAUACAAACCAGUUCCACCCACCCAGAUCCAGAGACAGAACUGCAGAGGAGGGAACCCCCAGCCAGACGCACCAAUCUCACUGCUCAGUCUGGAUCGCUCUCAGAGGCAGGGGGUAGAGGAUCUGAUCUCUGCGGUGCCCUGUCGUUUCGACCACGCCGCCUUGUUCCCCAUGCUGCAGAAACGGACCCUACAGCACCGGAUGAAUGACUCCUUCUCCUGCCUGGGAUGGUUCAGUCCAGGUCAGGUGUUUGUGCUAGAUGAGUACUGCGCCCGCUACGGUGUGAGGGGCUGCCACCGCCACCUCAGCUACCUCCGGGACCUGAUGGACUACUCUGAGAACAACACCCUGGUCGACCCCACCCUUCUACAUUACAGCUAUGCCUUCUGUGCCUCCCACAUCCAUGGCAAUAGGCCGGAUGGAAUAGGCACAGUCACUGAGGAAGAGAGAGAACAGUUUGAGGACAUAAGAAGCCGUCUCCUGAGUCUAUUGGACAACCAGAUCAUCCAUUUUAGGUACUGUUUCCCCUUUGGCCGACCAGAUGGUGCCCUCAAAGCGACGCUCUCCCUGCUAGAAAGGGUUUUGAUGAAGGACAUUACCACUCCGGUUCCUCCUGAGGAGAUGAAGAAGAUGGUCAAAAAAUGUCUGGAGAAAGCUGCCCUUAUCAACUACUCCCAGCUGACCCAUUACGCUCAGAUCGAGGCUGAUGCUCAGGCUGCCCCGGAGAAGAGAUUGGAGGACAUGAUGCGACUGGGAGAACUUUGUAUUGAGGUCCUGCAGCAGAAUGAUGAGCACCAUUCCGAGGCAUUCUCGUGGUGGCCGGAGAUGAUGGCGGAGCAUGCAGAGACCUUCCUGUCUCUCUACACCGUCGACAUGGAUGGUGCUCUACAAGUCCAGCCCGUUGACUCAUGGGAUAGCUUUCCCUUAUUCCAGCUGCUUAACAACUUCCUGCGUUGUGACCCUCACCUGUGCAAUGGCAUGUUCCACAAACACCUGCAGGACCUGUUCAUCCCGCUGGUGGUGCGCUACAUAGACCUUAUGGAAUCCUCCAUCGCCCAGUCCAUCCACCGCGGCUUCGAGCAGGAAACCUGGCAGUCCGUCAAUAACGGCUCAGCAACCUCAGAGGACCUCUUCUGGAAGUUGGAUGCCCUCCAGAUGUUUGUCCUGGACCUGCACUGGCCCGAGCCAGAGUUUGCCAAACACCUGGAGCAGAGGCUGAAGCUCAUGGCCAGCGACAUGAUGGAGGCUUGCGUCAAAAGAACGAAAGCCGCCUUCGACUCCAAGAUGCAGAAGGCCAGCAAGUCAACGGACUUCCGGGUGUCGCUGUCGGUGUGCACCAUGUUCAACAUGCUAAUGGACGCCAAGAAGCAGUGCGCCAAACUCUGUGUGCUGGACUCCGAUCAAGAGAUUGACAAACAAUGGCAACAGUACCAUUCGAAAAUCGAUGUCCUGAUCGAUGAUGCGUUUAAAGACAUGAUUUCCUCCAUGGUCACAAAGUUUGCUGGAGUUUUAGACGGUGUUCUCGCCAAACUCUCCAGAUAUGACGAAGGGACAUUCUUUUCCUCUAUCCUAUCUUUCACGGUGAAAGCAGCUGCCAAGUAUGUGGAUGUGCCUAAGCCAGGGAUGGACCUGGCUGAUACCUAUAUAACGUUUGUGCGGCAGAACCAGGACAUUCUGCGAGAUCGCGUCAACGAGGAGAUGUACAUUGAGAAGCUGUUUGACCAAUGGUACACCAGCUCCAUGAAGGGGGUGUGUGCGUGGCUGACAGACAGACUGGACCUUCAGCUCCACAUGUACCAGCUGAAAACACUCAUCAAGAUGGUCAAGAAGACCUACCGAGACUUCCGGCUCCAAGGAGUCCUGGAUGGAACCCUGAACAACAAGAGCUAUGAGACCGUCUACAACCGCCUCACCGUAGAGGAGGCCACCAUGGCGGUCAAGGCCGGCGACGGUCUCCAAGGCAUCACCAUGAGGGACAGUGAUGAGGAGGAUGGGUGAACCUCUCCCUAUAGCGCCAAGUCUGGUAGCCCUCGCAUAUAGACUGAAAUGGGAAGUGUGCAUGUAGGUGUACAGGAGAUGGGAGGGGUGGAGAUUACGUGUGUGUGUGUGUGUGUGUGCAACAGAAGGAGAUGGAGGGCUUGUAGAACACACACUUAAGUCUAUGAUGAAAACAAUCUAUCGUUGUGAUCCCCCCUCCCCCACUUACUCCAGUAGUGGCUACCUUCACAGCCAUAAUGAUAAUGAUGUCAGUACAGCUCAGUGGUCGCCAACUGGUAGCCUUCAGUGCAGUUUCCAUUUGUUUAUUUAAUUUGUUUGUUGGUUUCUUUGUACUUUAUUUUAAUAGUGAUGUAGAUCAAGAAAAAAGAAACAAGUUGUGUUCUUAUGGUUACCUAGAUACAAUCAUGCCAAUUGAAACAGGUUUCAGAGGUCUCGCCAAUUGCAGGUCCAUUCUGUGGUAAAUGUACAAAGUGCAUUGUGAGGACAUGAGUACAUUUCAGGGUGCUUAUGAGGACAUUGAGGUUGUUCUUACAUAAUCACCCUGAAAGAGCGAUGAUACAGCCAAUAUACAUAUAUUUAUGCUCUACUGUAUGAAUGUAAUGCAUUGGCUAAAGUGCUACAUUGUCAUUUAAUGUAUUUAGGCUAUGCUUGAGUGUGUUAUUGUUCACAAGAGUUGGACACAAUAUACAUUCAAAGCUGUGUCCAAUAGGCUAAAGCUGAUUGAUAGAGUGAAUUAUGUUUUGAAUCUGAAUUGAUGUCUUAACUGUAAUAUUUCAAUGAGUUUGUGGAGUUCAAAGACAAAACGAAUGGGCAACAAUAUAGGAAAUAUAUUUCUAUUGUCUUCUGUGCACCUGUUUUUAUUCAGGUGUGAAUGUUCUAAGUGUUAGAAUUAAAGUGUUUUUAAAGCAA